AUGACAAAAGGAUUCGCAGCAUUUUCUCCUCAAGUCGAGGAAGUCUUUGACCAGAUCAAAGAAACCGACACUGCCGACUACGUCUUCUACGAAGCCUCCGCACACGACAAGAAGAUCUCCGUCGCUGAGUCUGGCAAGUACAAAGACUACGCUGACUUCACUGCUCAAUUCAAGAAUGACACCCCACGGUAUGCGAUCGUGAAGGUCAAGUACCCCGCUCCAACCGGUGGUGAAGAGCGACAUAAGAUUGUUCUUAUCACAUGGGUCCCCGAAGGCGCCGGUACUCAUGAUAAGUCCUACUACACUGCCAAUAAAGAUCAUCUCUACUACUCUCUCGAGGGUAUCAGCCUUCAUGUCCAGGCACAUAACCUGGAGGAAGUGGCACACGCGACCAUCCUGAAGCAGUUCAAGGUUCUUUAA